GUACGCUCUUUAUUGUUCUACCUCCCCACGCCCACAAUGAGAGCCUGGGGUUAUAACACGUCACCAGAACCGGAAACCCUCACAGCCUUGUCAAGAUUAGAGAACGGAGUCUUUGAUGUUGUGCCAAAAGUUGACUGGCAAAAGUCCAUCGCAGAGCGCAGUGCAACUGAAUCGCCUCUACUCCGUCUACCCCGCGAAUUGCGCGAUCUCAUCUGGACCUUUACCCUCACAACAACCGUACAACCGUGGAGGACGAUAAAACCUCACGGUUCUGCUUUCAAUGUCCUCCAAGUAUGCCGACAAGCCUACACCGAGGCUAUCAGCUUGACUUAUCCUUUCAUUACCUGGUCUUUCAUCUGUAUGAGACACUACGAAGACUUCUUCUGGAAAAUACGCGAUGGAGCAGCGAGGAAAAAGGAAAGCUUAGUACACUCCAUACAGAUUGGCGCCGAUCCUUCGGAUUUAUAUAUGUUGGCCGAGAUAGUAGAUCCAGGGACUGAUGAGGAUGAGCAGGAGGAGGGCCAGGGCGAAUACGAUCGUGCCACGUUUCGUGCUUUCGAGAAUCUAUCGCAUCUCGAACUACUACUUUCGGCCACGGGAGUGUUCUACGAUUCCGAAAAGGAAGAUGAUUUGGAUGCCAAGGCUUAUGGUGCAAACCCGUAUGAGGUUGACUACAUCGAGGAAGCCAGAGAUAAUUUCAACAAGACUAUGGAGCGGAAGGUUCCUCGUGUACGUGUAACGUACAAGGACUUCGAUGAUAGUUUGGCAAUGGAAAGGUUCUGGUGUAUGCAGAGUCCUCGAGAGAUAGGCGGUUAAAUGGAAACGGCUUAAACAUUGUGGCCGGUUUCUUGGAGCAAUUUCGAUCAUCUCGUCUCCUUGGCGGAUUGGAAACAGGCAAGACUAGCGAGGCAUCGCAAAAAGCAACGGCGGGAUUCACUUCGUCCCGCACACCGUGGCCUCAUUGAUGACCGCAGGACAGGUCCAGAAUGUGUGCUGUUCUGGAUGGUGGCGAUUGGUCAUGUUCUAUUGUAGAGCUACCUCAAACGCAGUCUCGCCGACCUCGAUGCAGUUGCCAGAAAGACUAGUUUAGUGUUCUCUCGAUAGAUCUGGAACGUGUCAUAGAUGUAUGCAGUGAUUGGAAAAAUGUAGUCCACAUGCGCGAUAAUGAUGAGUAUAUCAUGAGA